UCACCUAUCCUAGAAAGGUCAUCAGGGUUUCCUCUCACCACACUCGCCACAAUGCUAACAAAGAGCUCCCGGAGCUACCCUCUCCCGUACCGAGCUAUUGCUCCACGUGCAUACACCCCGCAUCUGAAGCCGUCGAGUCUACCCCGCCUGACCUCAUAGCUAGCUCUGCGGAUGCGGAAGUCAAUUUAUAUGAGCAGACCAUCACCCCAGCGUGGUUCCGUUGAUCCGCGUCUUCCUACGUUGCCUGCUCCUGCUCCACGGAUUUGUGAACAGACCCUCCCGCAACAAUUGGCACUCUACGACCGAAACGAUGGGUAACUGGUCCGACCUCCCCGAAGCGCUCAAGGGAAGCUUCGACAAAUUCACCGAGCUGCUCCAGUCGGAUGGCCAGCUUAAAGCAUUCACAACCUCUAAUGCAAUUGACAAGCCGGCAACCUUCGGCAUCAAGUCCAGCGGUUCCGACAACACUCUCCUCAUUGAAGUCAGCAACGGCUCCGCGAAGGCCAAAGCCGGCUCGUCCAAAGAUGCGCUCUUCACGCUUUCCGCUCUCCCGGAGCAGUGGGAGCAAUUCUUCAAGGAUGUGCCAGUCGCGCCGUACCAGAGCUACUGGGGCAUGUUCGGAAUGAACAUCAAGCAGAAAGGCAUCGAGGUACAAGGCGACGAGACUCAUUUCGCACACUGGACGCAUGUCUGGCGACGCGUGCUCGAGCUUGCGCACGACGCGCAGUGUGGCCCGAUGAAGGAGGACACGCAGCCGGAGCCGACGCAUGACUACUUGACAGGCAAGUACGUGUUCCUCGAAGCCCCAGUGUGGGGUAAGACCAAGGUCUUCUACGAGUACUCUGGCGAAGGCAAGCAGCCUAUUGUGUUUCUCCACACAGCAGGUAGCGACAGUCGACAGUACCAUGGCGUGAUGAACGACUCGCGGAUGCGCUCGAGAUGUACGAUGUACGCCUUCGAUCUACCUGGACACGGAAGGAGCUUCCCGUCGCAGCAGUACUUCCCAGGCGCACACACAAACACUGAGGACAGCUAUGUUGGCAUCAUUGCGGCUUUCGUCAAAACAUUGGGUUUGCGACGGCCGAUUAUUUGUGGCGCCAGUAUGGCUGGCCAAGUGUGCUUGGCCGUUGCAAUCAGGCACAAGGAAGUCGGAGCCAUCGGCACCAUUCCACUGCAAGGGUCUGAAUACCUCAACAUGGAGCGCCAAUGGCAUGACCGGUCACCAUACGUUAAUCAGUCGCUGUUCAAUCCUGAGUGGGUCUAUGGAAUGAUGUCGCCAACCGCACCGCUCGUAAACAAACAGCUCAUAUGGCACCUCUACAGCGCCCAAGCAUAUGGGAUCUUCCACGGCGACCUCGACUUCUACUUCGGCGGCUGGGACGGCCGCUCCCGCGUCGCCAACAUCGACACGAACCAGUGCCCGGUCUACAUGCUGACCGGCGAGUACGACUGGUCCAACACGCCCGAGAUGUCGCAGAAGACGGCAGAAAAGAUACCGGGCGCAAAGCACAAGGCGAUGCCGGAGCUGGGACACUUCCCCGCGACGGAGAACCCGGCGAAGUUUGUGCCGCAUCUCAUUGAGGCGAUUGAACAUAUUCAGAAGGUGAGGUCUAGGAAUUUGAGCACAAUGAGGUUGGGGACGGAGUAGGAGGUGAGGUGAACGUGUAGAAUAUGAUGAUGGGAUCAGUUAACAGUAUGGUCGGGUGGCGUGGUACAUCCGCCAUGUAAGUUCGCCACAUGUCUGGUAAUGAUAUUCACGUAUCUAGCAAAACCAAGGCACUACACCCUGC